UGAUGGCGGCCGGCCGGCGCCUGCACCCUCCGCGAUCGUAGGAAUGGCCAGGGAGCGUUGCUCCGUAGUGUUUUUCUGUCACCGAGGACAAGGCGCGCGAGAAUUCGGCGACGAGAGGCGAGGUGGUGAAUCGAGACACGUGAAAGUUAAUUAUUAUCGUUCGACGGAAACGGUAGAGACCGUGUCGCGCCGGCGGCCACGUUUACUUUCGAUUCCGCCCCCGUGGGUUCUCCCAGGAAUCGAGCCAGGCGACCACCGAGGAUCCGUCCGCGGGUGGUGAUGGUGACCGUGUUCGCGUAUGGAUCGUCGACAUGGGUGGCGAUCCCUGAGCAACGUGCCGCCCCACGAUCGCUUCGCUGAGAUCGCCGGCGACCCGGUGCUAGUAUCCGUCGACAGACGGGACCCUCUUGAAUGAGAGCUCGCGCGUAUCCCAACGGGACACUCGCUAGUCGUCGUAAUCGCGCCGGUACCGACGAAGAGGGUCAUCGCCACGAAGUGACGAGGGUCACGCGUCAUCGUUUUUGAUCCACGCCGGAGAAAUCAGCGAGGAGCAACGAUACUUUCGGGCGAUGGCGAGCUUCAUCAAUUCGACAGCACAAUUUUUCAACGAUGCGUACGAUUACUACCUCUGGACGCUGUCCCUCGCAGACGAGAGGACGAGAGGAUGGUUAUUGGUUGACUCGCCGAAACCAACGUUAAUAUAUACGAUGUUGUACCUCCUCAUCGUCUGGGCGGGUCCUAAGGUCAUGAAGAAACGAAAAGCUUUCAAAUUAACGUGGGCAUUGGUGCCCUACAACCUUGCCAUGGCCUGUCUUAAUGCUUAUAUUGCCAUUCAGUUGUUCGUAGCUUCCACAAGGUUACAAUAUAGUUAUGUAUGCCAGCCAAUAAGGCAUAUCACGCGUCCCGAUGAGCUUCAGAUUGCUGACGCGGUUUGGUGGUACUACUUUAGCAAGCUUCUGGAAUUUUGCGAUACAUUCUUCUUCAUUUUGCGGAAGAAGGACAAUCAGUUGAGCUUCCUCCACGUUUAUCAUCACUCCACCAUGUUCUCGUUAUGGUGGAUCGGUAUUAAAUGGGUACCGAGCGGAUCCACUUUCCUGCCAGCGAUGGUGAACAGCUUCAUCCACGUGCUGAUGUACUCGUACUACGGACUCGCCGCGUUAGGUCCUUCGGUAGCUAAAUAUCUCUGGUGGAAGAAGUACUUGACGAUCCUCCAGCUCAUCCAGUUCACGAGCGCCUUGAUUCUGGGGGUCAACGGCAUCCGUUCGGGAUGCGACUUCCCCCUCUGGAUGCAGUACGCCCUCGUAAUUUACAUGAUGUCUUUCAUCGUCUUGUUUGGGAAUUUCUACGCCAAAGCCUACAUCGCGAAGGGUAAACAGGUGUACGCGGAGAAGCGGCUCGAGAAGCUAAAAGCCGCCGAGAAGAUGUUGAUGAUGAGCACGCAACUCGACGGCGCGGUCAGCAACGGGAAGAUCGCGAACGGGUACGCGAACGGGCACGCGAACGGCUACACGAACGAGACGACCAAGAAGAAGACCCAAUGAGGCGAUUCUCCCCGAGGGUGUCCCUAUCGGGAUACCCGAUCCACCGUACUCGCGACACACGACGAAGAAGAAAUAGUCAUGGUCAUCAGUCGGCGUCGAGUGGUGCGUCGUGGUCGACAGGAGUAGUUUAACGUUAAAUAAAUAAAUAAAAACACGAAAAAAGGGCCAAGGGGAAAAAAGAAACGGAAAUUUCUCGCUUAGAUCCCGCACAUUGCCGGGUUUGUGCUUUCGCGAGGCAAAAAUUUAGCACCGUGAUUCCAAAGUUAUCGGAUCAGCAAUUGUACAUUCGCGACGCCACGCUGAUUCCAGCAACUGUACAUAUAUUAACAGACAUACGCUGAAGAGACGGUUCAGAACCGAAUGCGUUUCGUAGCGAUUAGCGCCUGCAGGGAUGAGAGUUCGCACGUGAAUAAAUUAUGUAUUUAGGGGCCUGAAGAGCGGAAAGAUUUAUGUAUCACUUAUAUGAAGAUAAAUAGCAAAAUAUCAGAAAAGCAAACGAUCUUUCUUUCAAGAGGGAGUCAGAGUCGACGAAUAAGUUUUUCCCUAAAUGUAAGAUUAUCCGGAAAAAUAGUCGUAACGGAAGGAGGGAAAUGUGCGCGUAUGUGUGCGUGUAUAGAUGAAAAUAGAGAAGUAAACUGUCAGGGAAAAAACGGAAGAAAGGAGAACGGCGAAAGAGACUUUCGAUGGAAAAGCUUACAACGGAAGAUUGUCAUAAAAGGGUUAAAGUUAAGGUAAGGUCUAGAAAGAAACAGGAACGCUCGAAACUCAAUGCGAUCCGUCAGUUUGUGAAAAUUACGAGAUGUAUGCGAAUGUGUGCGUAUAAUAUAUAUUGAAACUGAUUGGAUUAAACUUCGCAAGUGCCGUUUCGCGUACGAGCAACAGUUCUGUAUGAAUCGAUGCUUAGAAGUCACAAUUCGGGAUGCCUAUCACGCAGUUAUAUUUCUGAAUGAUCUGCACAGAAACGGGGAGGUAUACGCGAUACACGGAGAUCCGCUCGCUUUCGUCAAAACAAACAUACAUUUAAAUAUGAUAUAAUCGACAGAUUUCUGUUCGUUUUCAAGUGUAGAUUUGAGUAACUAGGAAAAAAAAACAGGUAUUGCUCGAUUAAACGAGUUUUUAUACCGGCGCUUUUCUACAACGAGUAAUCCAGAUGUGUACAUACAAGUGACGCGCUUUCGCCGCAAUAAGGACUACGAGAGCAAUAAAAAAAAAUGUGAACAAUGAAAAAAUGCAGCAGAGAAAACGUCCACUGCGAUUGUUCUAUCACACAUCUUAAAUUACGGAGAAUCUGUCCUUCAUCCAACGUACGAUUUGUAUUCUUAUCUCGAAAUUUACGAACGGCAGUCAAUUAACAAUUAAAUAAAUUGCAAGAUAACCAUU